GCUGCCAUUGGUGUUUAGUUUGAGAAACUAAAAUAAUUGCUUGAAAAACAAAACAAAAAAAAAAACAUUUCAGCUGUGCAGCCAUUGGAAUAUUUUUCAUUUCAGUUGGAUAAAGGAGUCUUUGCGGAAUCUGGAAAUGACCAACAGGAGCGAUACCGGAGAGCAGGAACUGGUUCGUUCGCUUCGCCGGUGCUGCUGCAACACCUACAACCGACGGAGGAGAAAGGGCUGACAGACACGGUUCACGACAAAUUUUGGUGGAAUAACGCGGCACUGAGCUGCUUUAACACAUUUUUACAGGCUUUAAUAGUUGGAGAGCACAGCCUCUUCGCCAAUGGCAAGUCCGGUUGCAGACAUAGGACCGUCUCAUCAGCAUCACUCUGUGACCGAGUCGGCCGCAGACUCCGCGUUUCAGGAGGCGCAGAAAUGGAUAGAGGCUGUGACAGGAAGAUGCUUUGGUGACAAGGAUUUCAGAGGAGGUUUGGAGAAUGGGAUACUGCUAUGCGAGUUGCUGAGCUCUAUUAAACCCGGCCUGGUGAAGAAAAUUAACAGACUUCCAACACCCAUAGCUGGCCUGGACAACCUCAGUGUGUUUCUGCGCGGCUGUGAGGAGUUGGGACUGAAAGGCUCCCAGCUGUUUGACCCUGGAGACCUGCAGGACACGUCGACUCGCCCUACUGCCAAGGGAAGUGACUGCAGCCGAAAGCUCAAGAAUGUUCUAAUCACCAUAUACUGGUUGGGUCGUGCUGCCAACGGCUGUACCUCCUACAGCGGGCCCACGCUGGACCUGAAAGAGUUUGAGGGCCUGCUGUCACAGAUGCGAAAGGAGGCGGAGGAGGCAGAGAGCCCUAAACGCAGCAUCCGGGACAGUGGCUACAUCGACUGCUGGGACUCUGAGCGCAGCGACUCUCUCUCCCCGCCACACCACGGCCGCGAGGACUCGUUCGACAGUCUGGACUCCUUCGGCUCACGCUCACGACAGACCCCGUCGCCAGACGUCCUGGUCGCCCGCGGCAGCAGCGAUGGCCGCGGCAGUGACUCAGAGUCCGACGGUCCCCCCCACAGGAAGAUGCCAGAUGUUCGUAAGGAUGACAUGUCGGCCCGGCGGACAUCUGUCAGCGAGCCACGAACCGCCAUGCCGUUCAACCAGUACCUGCCCAACAAGAGCAACCAGAGUGGAUAUUUGCCAACGCCACUCCGUAAGAAGAAGAAUGAUAAAGAGGAGGGAGCACGCAAGAGUUGGAGUACUGCCACUUCCCCUAUAGGGGGAGACAGACCAUUCAGUCCAAAUGAGGUCUCUAGCUUAGACGCCCCACCUGGAGAGUCCCCCAGCCCGUCCCCCACCCCACCCCUCAAACCCCAUAUACAGAUUCAGACGGAGAGCCAGGCUAAAAAGGAUGAGGAGGAAGGGGAGCAGACUGACUCCACACCAUGCAUUGAGAUCCAUGCAGCUGGCGUGAGGAGGAGCAGUGAGCCUCUGCCUUGUAGCCUCCCCCAGCCCCAUGCAGAGCCCCCCAUGGAGACUGUAACUCACCUGAUGGUCACCUCUGAGCAAAGUACUCCGGCUCGCUCGUGCUCAGAGGAACUCUUCCAUCAUUCGACGACUCUAGCAGCAAACACUACGGCAACCCCCUUGGUUGCAACAAGCCCCCUCAUCUCGUCUAGGAAACAUCCACCUGUGACAGAGCAGGAGGAGGCAGCUGUGAGGAAGAGGGUCGCUGGUGUCCUGUUAGUCACAGAUGCAGAGCGAGAUGAGAAACGGGCCAGCCAAACGUCUCCCAAACACCUCAUCACCCAGAGUCCCUCCCGCUUCCUUCCUGUGCCCCCUGCCAUGGCAACAGCAACAACCGAUACAGGCCGACGGAAGGGAAGGGCACGGAGUGAAAGUGAAGACCCACAAGGAGGGACAUCUUGGUUGGACAGCAAUCUUCCAGCAACAUUCAGCCGCACACAUAGUGUGUCAGAUGACCCACAGAGUGUGAGUAUGAUCGACAUGCGAGGUGAGGAGGAGGCCAUCUUGCAGCCCCACAGUCAGGUGCGUCACGAACUGAUGCACAACCAGUACAACAAGAUGAAGGAAGAGGAUGAUCACUGGCAGGACGACCUGGCCCGAUGGAAAAAUCGGAGGAGGAGUAUUUCCCAGGACCUAAUCAAGAAGGAGGAGGAGAGGAAGAUGAUGGAGCAGUUGAUGUCAGGAGGCACCUGUACCUCUGAGAGGAGGAGAAGCAUCAAGACUUACAGAGAGAUAGUGGAGGACAAGGAGCGUCGUGAGGAAGAGCUGCGGGAUGCGUACAGGAGAGCCAGAACCCCAGAGGAGGCAUCAUCCAUCCUCCAACGUUACGCCCAGCGUUUCUCCAUCAGUGAAACAGUCCUGGAACGCCUACAGCUGCCAAAGCUCCUGGACCGCAGCAUAUCUGCUGAUCCCUCCUUUCCCUGCUCACCCUUCCCUCUUUCCCUGUCCUCCUCCCCAACGACCCCAGAUCCCUUUGACAUGGAUCCCAACGGGCCCAUGAGGUAUCUGCGCCAGCAGUCCGCCCCAGCUCCGAAGUUCACGUCUACACUGGAGGCGCGAAUAGAGGAGUUUCCCAAAGACUUCUCACACCAGCGGCCUCAGAUUCGCUCUCGCUCGUCUGAGCCGCCAUCCACCCGAGGCCUGUCGCCCAAACCGGUGCCUUUGCUGACGCCCAAGCCUUACUUCCAGUCCCGACCCACAGCGGCUGAACCAUGGCCCAGCAAGGUGGAUGGUUUGCUCCGAGUCAAUGGCGACGUAGGAAGUGUUGACGUUCCCACCACGCCUGAGAGUCAAGGAAGGGAAUCUCCUCCUCAUUUCCAGGCGUCCCCUUCCAAAAUCAGCAACAGCACUGUAGAUGCUCCCUCGUCAGCAGCCUCACCAACACACAGUCCACACACCUCAACCGGAGGAGAAAGCCCAGUGUCAACAAAGGCCAAGGAGGCACAAGGUGGCACAGAACCGGCUUCUAAGGACGUCAAAGAAGAGAAAGUCAUUGAGCAUUCGACACCACCCAGCCGGCCCACCUCGCUCCCAUCGGAGCUGCAGAAGCCUGAAGAAAGCUUUGAAAAGACUGGAACCCAGUCAGUAGCUGCUCCAGUGGAAGAGAAGUCAAAUGCUGCAGCUCAACAAACACCACCUGCAGAAGUCAAACAAGAACAAACUGAACCAUCUGGUCAAAACAUCUCCAACCUUGUCCAGUCAGUGGUUAGCACACAGCAAAGUCAGCCGGAAACUUUACAGGCAAGUGUUCCCACUUCCCAGGAGACGUCACAGGAAAAGGAGAAUGUACCAAGCUUAGCUGCACCAGGAUCAUUUGGAUCUCACCCAUCAAAGGAAACGACAGCAAAGUUUGCAAACAGUGUCAGGUCUCCGCUGGCAACCAGCCACCCUAAGUUACGCUGGGACUUCUUCACUUUGCCAGAAGAGACGGAGAAGGAUUGCCAUGGAAACGUGUCAGUCCCGGUGUUGCCCCAGGCCAGGCGGGGUGACCGCUGGUCUUGGGACCCGGAUGAGGAGCGAAAGCGUCAGGAAAGGUGGCAGCAAGAGCAGGAGCGCAUGCUGCAGGAGAAAUACCGGCGCGAGCAGGAGAAGCUGAAGGAAGAGUGGGAGAAAGCGCAGAGGGAGGUGGCAGAGGAGGAGAAGAAGUACCACGAGGAGGAGCGUAGGAUACUGGAGGAAACUGUGACACCUCUGACUCCCCGUUCCUCAGCCCUGCCCUCCCCCAGCCGAGGGGAACUCUCCUCCACCUCGGAGCCCCAGGACACCAUCGUCCGUUCACUGGCCGACUGGGAACGCAAGCAGGAACUGCUGGAGAGGCAGUCGAGGGGCAGCACAGAGAGUGUGGAAUGGAAACGGAGAGAAAAUGACAGGACCAGUGACAUCAGCACCGCUGAUGACAGCAUGAAAACAGGCAGAAGCUCGGUGAGUCAGAGCAGCAGUCAGGCAGAAACAGUCGGUCACAGUCUGCUGAACGGCCAAAAACUUCCCCCGAUGCCGGCCAAAACCUCAACUCCGGUGAAGAAACAAGAAGAGCCCACAGCAGACAGCAACAAGCCCAGCCGGCCUGCAGGAGACCGGAGGAGUGGUCCCAUUUAUAAUAACGUGGGCCGCAGCUCAUCAAAAAACCCUGCAUCAUGUCCACAACCUCCAGACACGCUGCCUCCAGCACCCAACAGGUCUGUCAGUGGGAAGAAGCUGUGCUCCAGCUGUGGGCAGCCGUUAGGGAAGGGGGCGGCCAUGAUAAUAGAGACCCUCAGUCUCUACUUCCACAUUCAAUGCUUUAAGUGUGGGGUGUGUAAGGGACAGUUAGGUGACACGACCACGGGGACGGACGUCCGGAUCAGAAACGGCCUCCUCAACUGCCACCAGUGCUACAUCCGCUCCCGCUCGGCCGGACAGCCAACCACGUUGUGACGCUCAACAGAAAAGCACAAGGUUCGUGGAAGAAACCCCGUCCCUGUUUUAACCAGAUUAUCUGCAAAUCAUGUCCUUCACAGCGUCGGGAUCUUUGCAUCCUCUGCAGUUCAAUAACCAAUGAAGAUUCAUCAUGGGGGCCAAACAGGGAUCUGGGGGACAGUCAGACGUUUAAACAAAUAUAUAUUCUUCGUGUUUAUGUCAUCUGAUAUUUGAGUGAAAUCUGGAUUUGAUUGGUCCACGUACCACCACAGACUCUGUUUCAUCAUUGGUCCACGUACCACCACAGACUCUGUUUCAUCAUGCAGCGAGAGAGAGAUAGAGACUGUUCUGGGGAGGCGGCCAUGUUGAAAAGAAAACACAAUAACAUUUACAGAUGCUUCAAAUGCAGGUAGGCUAUGUUAACGUCCUAUGCUGUCAGAGUAAACACACAGUUAAGUAGAAUCAUUCUGUUUUCCUGGUUGGAAAAAAUACAAAUAUUUACCCUUAAAUUCCAUAUAAUGGAAAUACAGUAUAUCACAUAGUUACUGAAUCAUUAUUUAUCAUUUAAGAAAGAUUUUCUUAAUUUGGAGUGAUAAAAUUACAAAAACUGGAGAGAUAACUGAAUAUGCGGUCAGCUCAGAUUGGAUUUUUUUUUUAUUUCUUAACAGGCUGGAUCUGAAAAAUAUGAAUUAUUUUACACCCCUUCAAUGAAGUAAUUGAUAAAAACAAAAAGAUAUACAGAAACUUAAUUUAGAAAGUGCAAUAAAGGUCACUAUACACCCACUAUUUAGAUCCACAAACACAACAUACACAAUAAAUCAAAUGUUUUUAUCCUUUGGCCCUUACAGUGACCUCCUAUGUCUCUUCUUCUGUGCUCCAGAAUAAAUUUAGCUUCCAAUAUAAACACAUAUUAUGGAUGUAGUUUCAUCAUUAGGGCAAUAACACGACUUGUGAGCCGUUUCUGUGCUUUUGGCUCACAGCAGGUUGCUCCUCGGCCAGCCUGUCCGCUUGGAAAGUCAGGUCUUCAAUGUGCCUUAGGAAAAGCAAGGUGAUGCAGGAAAAAACCCCACCAGCUAUAUGGUGUUUUAUUUCCCUUUUAUUCUUUGUUGGGGGUGUGGGGAGGGAUUUUGGCCAAAUUUGAACCCUUAAACUGCAGACAGACAGGCUGCAGCCCUCCCUUACAUCAUGCUUUACUUCAGUUGAUAAGUACUGUUUAUUUUACAUAAACAACACCCUUAAUUUCACAUUUCCUCUGUGAUUUGCAGUGAUUUAAAAACCAGAGGAGUACAUUAGUUGGGAAAAAAUACACAGUAUAGCUUAUAUACUGCAGAGGAAACCAUUGAUUUUAAUUUUGAAUGUUUUAUUCUAGAGCGAAAUAGACUUCUGUAUGCUAUUAAUUGAGGUAAUUUUGACAAUUGCUCAGUGGUAAUAAAAAAAAAAUAAAAACACAAAAAUCGCCAGUACAUGUUACACCUAGUUUAAACAGCAGAGGUAAUAAUGAACACACAUACCAGCAGCAGUUGCAUCUGUGCAAUAUUUGGUUGGAUGAAAACGAAAGAUCUGUGCCGCCAGCUGGACAUUUUAAGUCACUUGCUUCUUCUUCUUUCUUAUUUUUUUUUCUUUUUUUAACUUGUAUGAGAAGAGCUCGAUUAUGUAUUGUGGAUGCAAAAAUGCACGUUUAAGCCUAAAACCAAAUGAUUUGCUGUAUGAAAGCUAUAUAGCAGCCUCCUCCUCCUCCUGACCUGCGUCCUAUAGCCAAGCUUCUCCUCCGGGUUCAUCUCUCUGAUCUACAGUAUUUUUAAGCUUCUGUUCCGAUUGUGUAUUUCUUUUUUUUUAUCCUCAUUUAGUUCAUGAAUAAAUUUCGGCUGAGUCUCUUAUAGCGGGAUCUUUGAGACGGAGCUCUUCUUAACAGUUGGGGAAUGAAACCUUUACGUCUGUUCUGUAUUUAUUGUAAUAUUCACCUGAACAUUAUGCGAAAUAUAGAUUAAUUGAUGUUUAAAUGCAAUGGCAUUUAUAGCAUACUGUAUGUUUAUAAAUAAAAUGUUAUAAAUUUAAA